GCUUCCGCUUAGUUCCCCUGUCCCAUUAGGUCUCCCGGCUUCUCCGAGGCUGUCAUCCGGCGGGUGUUCGAGUUCACGGCCACGCGGCCCGGGUAGGGUCGCUUCGCCCCGUAGGUCGCAGCCCCGACCACCGACUUCGGGCGACAUGGCCGGAGCCCGCCGCGGCCGCCAGGGCGUGAGGCCCCCUCCCUCAGCCCGCGCUCCCCGGUGGCCCCUGGGCCAGCGGGCACCGGUGUCGGCGUGAGCAGCCUCCCCGUGCCCACGGGCCCCGCGCUCACGGCCGCAUGGCCUCCGAGGAGCCGCCGCCGCCGCCGCCUGCCUCCCCCGAGCCGGAGCUGGCGCAGCUAAGGCGGAAGGUGGAGAAGUUGGAGAGCGAGCUGCGGAGCUGCAAGAGGCAGGUGCGGGAGGUCGAGAAGCUGCUGCAUCACACGGAGCGGCUGUACCAGAGCGCCGAGAGCAAUAACCAGGAACUCCGCACGCAGGUAGAAGAACUUAGUAAAAUACUCCAUUGUGGGAGAAAUGAAGAUAAUAAAAAGUCUGAUGUAGAAGUGCAGACAGAGAACCUUGCUCCUUGGUCAACAGAUUAUUAUUAUCAGACAUAUUAUAAUGAUGAUAGUCUUCCCAGUAAAGAGACGGAAUUGUCUACACAGCAGAGUCAGUAUGUUCAAGCUUCUACUCUUAAUUCUAAAGAUGAGUCACAAAUAGACAAUGAUAGUUAUGCUGAUACUGAUGUAACAGAAUGUGUUAAACAUGGACAAGAAGAUCAUUUCACCUCUGAUUCCCAGGAGAGUGCAUCCGCUUUAGCAGCAGAAGGCACGGCCCUGGAAGGGGCAUCGCUGGCCGAGAGCUUGAGAGCCGCAGCGGAAGCCGCUGUGUCGCAGACUGGCUUUACGUACGACGAGAACACAGGGCUGUACUUUGACCACAGCACUGGUUUCUAUUAUGACUCUGAAAACCAACUCUACUAUGAUCCUUCCACCGGGAUUUAUUACUACUGUGAUGUGGAAAGUGGUCGAUACCAAUUUCACUCCCGAGUAGAUUUACAGCCUUACCAGACCUCUGGCACAAAACCAAACAAAGACAAAAAACUGAAGAAGAGAAGAAAGGAGCUGGGGUUUUGUACAGCAAAUGAGGAAAAGGAUUUGAGUUCAGGAGAUCAGAAAGCCUGCAGUGUUGAGACUAUAAAUUGCAGUGAGGAAGAAAAUUCUGCAAAUGUGAAAAAGAAGGCCAAAAUAGACGCUCCUCACCACAGCAGUCCUUCAAAGCUCACUGCUCCAGUUAGUGGAAGUGCUAUAGAGUCUCCUGUUGAUAAUAAUCCAGCUCCAUCUAAGGAUGAGAAAAUCAGAGAGAGUGAAAGUGAACCAGAGGAAGGUGAAAUUACAGACUCUCAGAGCGAGAGUAGUUACGAUGGAGAUAGUACCAGUGAGGACAGGGAGUCCUCAGAAGAAUUCGAGGAUGAAGAUGAGGAAAAAAUUUGGCCCCCCUGUAUUCGGGUGAUCGUCAUUAGAUCUCCAGUGCUGCAGAUGGGCUCACUUUUCAUCAUCACAGCUGUAAAUCCAGCCACGAUUGGGAGAGAGAAAGAUAUGGAGCAUACUGUUCGGAUCCCUGAAGUUGGUGUGAGUAAGUUUCAUGCAGAAAUUUAUUUUGACCGUGACUUGCAAAGCUAUGUCCUUGUGGAUCAGGGCAGCCAGAAUGGUACCAUUGUCAACGGGAAACAGAUUCUUCAGCCAAAAACUAAAUGUGACCCUUACAUCCUUGAACAUGGCGACGAGGUGAAAAUUGGGGAGACUGUCCUGUCCUUCCACAUUCACCCCGGCAGUGAGACCUGCGAUGGCUGUGAGCCAGGGCAAGUCAGAGCGCACCUUCGCCUUGAUAAAAAGGACGAACCUUCUGUUGGUCCAGCAUUAAGUAAGGAGGAAAAAGAGUUGGAAAGAAGAAAGGCACUAAAGAAAAUAAGAGUAAAGUAUGGUUUGCAGAAUACAGACUAUGAAGAUGAAAAAGCGUUGAAGAAUCCAAAAUACAAAGACAGAGCUGGAAAACGUAGGGAGCAGAUUGGAAGCGAAGGGACUUUCCAAAGAGAUGAUACGCCUGCAUCUGUCCAUUCUGAAAUUACAGAUAGCAACAAAGGCAGAAAGAUGUUGGAGAAGAUGGGCUGGAGAAAGGGAGAGGGCCUGGGAAAGGAUGGUGGAGGAAUGAAAACCCCGAUCCAACUUCAUCUUCGACCGACACAUGCAGGCUUGGGAACAGGGAAGCCGUCCUCCAUCGAUGAUGUUCACUUUCUCCAGAGUAAGAGCAAAAAAAACUGGGACAAAGCACGAGAGCGGUUUGCUGAAAACUUCACAGAGACGAAACCUCUAAAAGACGCCCCAGGGGCUGUGCCGUGGGUGAAGGGGAGUGCAGAAUGAAGGCCCAUCACAGGAAAGAUCAGAGCUUCAGAAACUAGAGUGUGAAAACUUGAUUGUAGAUGUUGUGUCCCUAAAAGUCAGAAACAGGAGGAACUCUUAAGACGGCCCUGACCAUACUUUUGUGGGGACGUGUGGUUUGCAGCUUGUAGGAAGCGGUUUCUAACUACAGGAACUGAGUAGACUCGUGCAGCAAGUGGACUAAAGUGCACAGGCACAGCUUCCAGGCUUUUGUUGUUCUCUCCUGUGACUUACCACACCUGUAGAGGGCAGUUAGCCAUGCGUGCAAAAGUGAAAUAACCACUAAUGACGUCAGUGUACAUUUGUCCUUUCUCAUGUAGUCAUUACUGUAAGAUGCACAGACAAGAAAUGUCAAACAUUUUUCAAUACUCCUAUGUGUAUACUUGUUUACACCUUUUAGAACUUAGGUUUUUUACAAGUCGAGAAACCAUGGGCAGUGGAGCUGAAUUUUAUUACCCUUGAAGUAACUGCAGUGACAGUGAAGGAUGAGCAGGUGACGUAUUAUAGGAAAUUAGUCUUAUGGUGUUUCUUCUGUGAAGAAUGUCGAUUUGUACUAUAUAUUCAGCAUUUGCCGUUGGUUUUUUCCUAGCUGAUACGGACAUCUGGGUGCAGUAUUGGCAUAUUUAAUGUGCUAGGAUUUUUAGCUUUGCUAAGUCCCGUUGCAGGCAAUGGGAUUGUGCCAGGGAAACCUGAAGACAGGUGCAGGCGGCUCACUAAGCCAAGACUUCAAACACAAACAUUUACUGGAAAUGUCCUCAGAUGCAAUAAAAAAACAUCUUAAAAGACUUUAUGUCUUGAAUUUAAACAUACUGGUUUUUUUGUAUUUGCACCCAACCAGCAUUGUCCCCUUUGAAUCAGCAGACCAAUGGCAGAAGGAAAAGCCUCUGGGGGAAGGUGUCCUCUUUACCACUGCUGUGUCCCCCCUCCAACUGUUCACUGGGAAGUUGACACUGAAAUUGUCCCCUUUUCUUGGUAGUAAGAAUAAAUUGUAGCUACCUAUUUGGGAAAAAAAAAAAAAAGGCAUGCCUUUGAGAGACAGAAACAAUGCAGGAAUUUCUAUUAUGCAAGGUGGGGCUCACGCUCCAGCGGUGCAGGCUAUGUGGCGGGUGCCGGACGGUCAGGGUGACCAAGGCUGAGAGAGAAGGCCAACCAGCAAGGCCCUCGAGGGCGAGACUGGCAGGAUUUGGCCCUCUAAUUCCUCAUUUGGAUAGUGUUUCCUGUGCCCUUACAAGUGCACACAUACGUGCAGGCACACAGAGCAUUUGAAGGCAGCGGCAAUCCUCUGCAUUAUUUUCUCUAAAAUAAAAAUCAGAAUUACACUUUGGUGCUGGUUUCCUGAGUGGGAAAGAGUAGGACCUUCAACACAGCUUUGCUUUGGGUGCCUCUUCCAUGUGCUUAGAAAAAUGACUGGACUAUUUCCCACAUUUAGUCUCCUUUAGGGGAAGUGUUUUUCAUAGGUCUUUUUGCUAAGAAAAUGGAAAACUAGAAAACUGGUAAGAACUGAAAUACAUGUACAUAGUAUGUGCACUCUUCAACCUCUGCAGAUCUGGAGUCUCAGGGCGGUACUAUGUAGUCGUAAUGUAUUGAAUAAAUGUCUUUCUGUUCUGUCUGGAAAAGAACUUUAUCUCACAUGUCUCUUGUCAGAACAAAAGAGGAGAUGUUUGUGUAACCAGCUGGGAAGCUGUAAACAAUGGAUAUGAACAUAAAUGUGAGUUGCGUACAAUUUGGAUGAUGUGUAAAGUUGUUUUAAAUGCAAAUUUUAAGUACGAUAA